AAUAGGGAGUGCCAGAAUUAUAGUGCGUGGUUCCAGGGCAAAAGAUCAUUAUCUGAAAGGAACGUCCUCUGUGGACGUGUUAACAACGUGUCUAGUAAUAUUACGUCUUCUCUAAAGCUCUUUAGCGAAAACUCUCGGGGAAAACCAGCUGAAGGGCUCUACUGUCUCAGCUGUAUACGGAUAUAAAGAUGCCAUUGUUUAUCGUUCGCUGCUAGUUUACAGUUAAAACCCUUGUGUUAUUUACGUGUCUUGUUUAAUGCUGAUUAAUUGCUAUGCUGGCAUACGGAUGCAUUUCAAUAGGGUUCGGUUGCAUGCUUAGGUAGCUUCAAAUGUUUACAAUUAAAAUCGUUGUGUUUAUAAUGUGUCUUGUUUAAUGUCGGUUAAUUUACAUGCUAUCAUAUGGAUGUGUUUAGUGUGGUUACGUUGUAUGCUUAGUUAGCUACAAAUAUGGUGAGUUAUAUUUAAUCAUUGUUCAACCAACCACAUCUUUAGCCUGCAACACUGGGUAUUGUUGUCAGUGUGGCCUUCCUCCAAUCUGCUGCGUUGACAGAAUGUUUACCUGAACACCAGACAUAUGACCUCAGCCGCAUUGAUGCGAAUUAGUUUUGUGUUGACAUCAUUGUUAAGUUGUGUUGUCGCAGCCACCCUCUGUCUGUUUUCACUUUCCCUAGUUGUUCGGUGCGGUCUGGAAUAGCUGAACUAGGACACGGUUAAUGCCGGCGCACUGAAUAGACAGACAUCUGUGUUUAGUCUGUGGCAGUUGGAAUGUGAUCGCUGUCUGUUCGCAUGUUCAUUUUUGUGGUAAAUAUCAACACAAGCCAGAGGGAUUUGUACAUUUUUAAGCGAGUAAGCAUUAAGAGAAAACAUUGACAGAUCCCAAACAUCUAUCUCUCAAUACAUUCAAUCAAAAACGUAGAAUAUAUUAAGACAGUGCCUUUUUGUUUAUUUUGAGUGUGGUAUGUUAUGUUAGUGUUACUCUGUUUGGAGUGGUAAAGAAACUUAGGUUGUACAGACGACUAUUAAUUCUUCUUCUGUAUAGUUUAUCUAUCCUCUGUCACAGGGAAGCAAGGAGAUCUAUACAGGUUAGUAAAGCCUCCGUCAUUUGAGAGUGGUUUUAUACUAAUAACCUAUAUAGAUCUCCAGCACCUCAAGAGAGAUGACCUUUAGUAUAAUUCUAACAGAAACAUGGUAGGGAGGCCCUGCAUAUUACAGUAGGUCAAACAUUAUUGAUGUAACACAGGAAAUGGAAAGGAUUCUACUUGACUAUGGACUAUAGUUGACUGAAUGUUCUCAGACAGAUGAUGCUCAGUAACCAAGCCAGACGCCAAUGAAAGAUAACCGUCUGCUGCCAUGACGACCAGUCGAUGCACUCUGUUGCCGGAGGUGCUGCCAGAGCGUUCUGACUCUGCCCACACAGGGAGUUGCUUGAGCGACAGGGACUUUGAUCCAAUGGGUAGCCUGGACUACCCGACAGAGCCUGACCUCCCAGGAAAAGCAAUGGAAGAGCAGAGCAGUCCGGCCAAUGGAGAGCCGCAGUACUACAUGCAAGUGUCUGCCAAGGAUGGGCAGCUGCUGUCACCUAUCGUGGGAGCGUACGCCAAACAGAGCCCUCUGCCUGAGCGGCCCAUGUGUCGGAUCUGUCAUGACGGAGGGGGUCAGGAGGAGCUGCUCUCCCCCUGUGAGUGUGCAGGGACCCUGGGUACCAUCCACCGGAGCUGCCUGGAGCACUGGCUCUCUGCCUCUGGCACCAGUGCCUGUGAGCUCUGCCACUACCAGUUCACUGUACAGAGGAAGAACCGGCCACUGAUGGAGUGGGUGCGUAACCCGGGCCUGCGCCAGGAAAAACGGACGCUGUUCGGCGACAUGGUGUGCUUCCUGCUCAUCACGCCUCUGGCCACAAUCUCCGGGUGGCUGUGUCUGCGGGGUGCCGUGGACCACCUGCACUUUUCCAGCCGCCUGGAGGCCGUGGGCCUCAUCGCCCUCACCGUGGCCCUCUUCACCAUCUACCUCUUCUGGACCCUGGUGUCGCUCAGGUAUCACUGUCGGCUGUACAACGAAUGGCGGCAGACCAAUCAGAGGGUGGUGCUUCUCCUCCCCAGGUCACAUGGUGAACCGCCUGCUCCGCCCUCUUCACGAGGCCCAUCUCGUGAAAAAUGGCCAUCCAAAGAGACUAUUGUCUGAGCAGCCCUUUCUUCAAAAGCCAUGAAGGAAAAACACUGAGGAAGAAUGCGGAUAGUUCCAUAAGCGCCAGAACAGUAUUUGCUUCUGGUGCCCUCCAGUGCUGAACUUUGAAGUGCCCACACGAGUGUGGAAUUGCCACCAAAUGUCAUUAAUGGGCACCUAGGAAUGGUUUAAACACACAUUUACAAGGCGGUAGAGUUACUGUACAACAGAGACCUUCUCUUCGGUGAAGCAUCCAUUUUGGACUCAAAAUGCAGCAUUACAUCCCACCACUGCCACCAAAAUGUCCUACAGCGAUGGACAGGUACAUUUGGUGAUAUAGAAGUGGUGGAGUGCGUAGUUGGUCAUAAAGCAUUUGGACUGAAGGACAGCUAGGAAGAGUUUGCCAUUGUGACCAUAUGCUGUGAUUGGUGAUUCCUGUGAAGUGCAGAAAACAUUGUCUGGUUCAUAUAACAUACCAACAUAAACCUGUGUAUAGUAUUACUAUAUUAGUCACAUUCUACCAAUCAACAAAUCAAAGUGUAAAUAAGUACUUCAGUAUUUUACAUAGUAUUAAACUCUUACCUUUACAUGUAUGGGUCUCUGUGCCUCAAACCAAGGUCAUGUUCAUUAUGCACCAGAGAACUUACUGAAACAGUGGGGGACUACACUCAUUUUUUCAUUCUGUUUCAAAAGUAUUUAAAACGUUUCACUACGGUGUGCCCUGAUGAACACGAUCCAACUUAAGACAGGCUUUGUGGAGUGUUAAACAGGGCAUAGGUUGAUGUAGGCCUAUACUAGCUGCUCAGUCUUUCUUUACAAGUCCUCCCCUUAGAUAAGAACACCAUUAACAGUUGAAGUACAUUGAGGUUGACCUUAACAUAACAAAAGGGACAUUUUGAAUUAAUUUAUAUUUUGGCUACAAAGUGUGAAAAAUACAAUAUUGGUCUCAGUUGAACUGGUUGACUGUGGUAUAUGUUAGUCAUUCACUUCACUUACAAAUAGCUGUGUUUGUUAGACAUCCCAUCUUUGACUCAUGAGUGGUCAUAUGUCAUUGUGUUAAUGAUUUUCUUUUGUUCAAGGAUUUUGUAGUCGCUGCCUUGUAAAGUAUUUUGUGAUAGUUCUCUUCCUAGAAAUGGUUGUAUAGCCUAGCCAAGACUAUUCAGGUUGAUUAGAAGGGCCAAAAACACUUGCAUUUUCUGUCUAGAGAACUUCUUGUUAUACCAGAUGCAUUAAACGAUCAAAGUAUUAUUAUUUUUUUAAAUCAUUGAGUACAUGGUGCACUUAUUUAACUCUUCAGCAUCUUCAUUUGAUUCAAUUUCAGGCUUCACUUUGAGCUUGUUGGUGAAGUGGAAUAAACUUCCGUUAUGCUUGUGUGUGUCGGGGUGGCAGUUUGAUCAAAUGUAUUCUCUCUACAGUUAUUUUAUCAACUGUUUCCAAUAAAAAUAAGAACUUAAAGGAC